AUGAUAGGUUGCAGGUUUUUGUUGAGAGUCGAUCGAGUUCUCAGAGCUACCAACGCAUCAAACCCUACUUCACACUUUCAGAGACAGACAAGUUGUUAUGGUUUAAGUGAUUUUACAAUGGGUGGUAGAAAUAAGAAAGUUUGUAUUGAUGACAAUACCAAUAAGCAAAAAACCAUCAAGUCUAGCUGGAGACCUAUUGUCACUAAUGCUACUUCUUCUCAAGAAACCUCAAUAGCGGCUGCCACGCUUGACUCAGGAGAUCAAACUCAAGAUAAUAUUGAAAACAAACUACAAGGAGAUUCAUCCCUCUCCACUGAAAAGCAUUCCAUUUCUGUUCAGGUUGGGGCUUCUCUAUUUCGUUUUAUUAAAGGAAAAGGGGGAUACACACAAAAGAAGAUAGAAGAGGAGACGAAGGUUAAGAUAAUAUUUCCUUCUUCAAAAGAAGAGGAGUUUAUUACCAUUGAAGGCAUUUCAAUAGAUAGCGUGACUUCAGCUUCAGAGAAGAUUCAGGCUAUAAUUGAUGAGACAGUUAGGAGUCGAAAUCUUGAUUAUUCCCAUUUCAUAUCCCUUCCAUUGGCCAUCCAUCCCGAGUUAGUUUCUAAACUAAUCAACUUUCAAAACACUAUUUUGGGAAAUGAUGAUUCUUGCAUAGAUGAGAAUCUUGACACUGACUCCAAUGAGGCUGAGGAUACUACUGAUAACAAAGAAGGGGAUCAAGUGUCAAAAGAAAUUGCCGAUGUUGCAGUUGAACUUAAAGUUGAUGAUAACAGUAAAUCAGUUAAAGUUAAUCAUACUAGCAUACCGCUAGUCAGUUAUGCACCUAAAGCAUCCAAGGCUUCCACUUCAUCUGACUUGGGGAUUGACAAAUCUAUAUUCAUUAAGCCUAAGACAUUUCACCUUACAGUACUAAUGCUUAAGCUGUGGAAUAAAGACAGGGUUAAGAUAGCAACUGAGGUCUUGCAGAGUAUCUCCUCAAAAGUUAUGGAAGCAUUGGAUGAUCGUCCUAUCUCAAUAGGAUUAAAGGGACUGGAAUGCAUGAAAGGUUCAGUGGCCAAAGCUCGUGUCCUGUAUGCUCCGGUGGAAGAAAUUGGCAGCGAGGGUCGUCUGUUACGUGCCUGUCCUUAUUUAGAAGUCAUAAUUGAUGCAUAUAUUGAAGCCGGACUAGUCUUGGAGAAUGACGCCAAACAAACACUGAAGAUGCACGCCACUUUGAUGAAUUCAAGGCAUAGGAAAAAGACAAAGUGGAAGAGAAAUAACGUCGACUCUUUCGAUGCACGAGGCAUAUUCGAGAAGUAUGGAUCAGAGGACUGGGGGCAGUAUCUUAUUCGUGAAGCUCAUCUUUCAAAGAGAUUUUCAUUUGAUGAAAAGGGAUACUAUCAUUGCUGUGCUUCAAUACCUUUUCCUGAAAAUAUGCAGGUAGAGUGA